UCGUCGUCGCCGGGCUCCGUUGCCCGCGCUGUUUUGCGUUCUUGAGGCUUGAGGCGGCCGCUGGGGGGUCCUGUGGCUUUCCCUCCUGCCGCUGGGGACUGCAGGCUAAGGCCAUGUCCCGAAAGCAGGCGGCGAAGAGCCGGCCGGGCAGCGGCAGCCGGAAAGCCGAGGCCGAGCGCAAGCGGGACGAGCGGGCUGCUCGCCGGGCCCUGGCCAAGGAGCGGCGGAACCGGCCGGAGUCCGGCGGCGGCGGCUGCGAGGAGGAGUUUGUCAGCUUCGCCAACCAGCUGCAGGCCCUGGGGCUGAAGCUGCGGGAGGUGCCGGGGGACGGCAAUUGCUUGUUCAGAGCUCUUGGUGAUCAAUUGGAGGGACACUCACGAAAUCAUCUCAAGCACAGACAGGAGACAGUGGACUACAUGAUAAAGCAACGCGAAGAUUUUGAACCCUUUGUAGAAGAUGACAUUCCUUUUGAGAAGCAUGUGGCCAGUUUGGCAAAGCCUGGUACUUUUGCUGGCAAUGAUGCAAUUGUAGCCUUUGCAAGAAAUCAUCAGUUGAAUGUAGUGAUUCAUCAGCUUAAUGCCCCUUUGUGGCAGAUUCGUGGUACAGAUAAAAGCAGCGUAAGGGAGUUACACAUCGCAUAUCGGUAUGGAGAGCACUACGACAGUGUUCGGAGGAUCAAUGACAACUCGGAGGCACCUGCACAUCUCCAGACGGAUUUUCAGAUGCUUCAUCAAGAUGAAUCAAAUAAAAGAGAAAAGAUCAAGACAAAGGGAAUGGACUCUGAAGACGACCUGAGAGACGAAGUAGAGGAUGCUGUCCAGAAAGUUUGUAAUGCAACUGGAUGUUCAGAUUUUAAUUUAAUAGUCCAGAAUCUGGAAGCUGAAAAUUAUAAUAUUGAAUCUGCAAUAAUUGCCAUGCUUCAGAUGAACCAAGGGAAGAGAAAUAAUGCAGAAGAGAAUCUUGAGCCCACUGGUCGAGUGCUGAAGCAGUGUGGCCCUUUAUGGGAGGAGGGUGGCAGUGGUGCCAGAAUCUUUGGAAAUCAGGGCUUAAAUGAAGGCAGCACCGAAAACAAUAAGGCACGGGCCAGCCCAAGUGAAGAAAACAAAGCAAAUAAAAACCAGCUCGCAAAGGUCACAAACAAACAGAGGCGAGAACAGCAAUGGCUGGAGAAGAAGAAGCGGCAGGAGGAGAGGCACCGCCACAAAGCCCUGGAGAGCAGAGGUAGCCACAGGGACAACAACAGAAGCGAAGCAGAGGCGAACACACAGGUCACCUUGGUGAAGACCUUUGCUGCUCUCAACAUCUGACUCUGGCCUCUUGGGAGUUGUAAGAAGCGGCUGGAAAAGGAUUGCUGUGUGCCAGACUUUCCAGCGAGGCCGUCCUUUUAUGAAACGAAACACAACCAACAAAGCCCACACAUGAGCUCCCACACUGAGUUAGUGUCCUUCGAGCUGCCUCUUUUUUUGUUCAGAGUUUUAUUAGUGAUAUGUUUUGUUUUAUGAAAAUGCAGUGAGGCCAUUCAUAUUCUGUAAUACAAAAUUAAAAUACUGAGUUUUAGGGGCAGAUAGGUCAGAAAAAACCUGUUAAGUGGUGGCUUUAUUUGCCCGAAAAUCAGACUUCAGUGACCCUAGGCUCUUCCCUUAACAUUUGGGGUGAGUUUUGCUGUAAUUGUUCAUGAGUAGUUUAGAAUAAUUGUUAGAAAUUGAGAAUGACAAGUUUCCUUAGUUUCUCUUUCAUUUCCAAACAGGUACUAACAUAGGGUAGCUUAUAAAUGAUCUCCAACUCAGGAAUAUGCUUUGAUUUACUUUCUUCUAAUCUAAGUUACUCAGACAAUAAUUCAGGAAUUGUUUUCCCAAAGUUACAUGAGGGUUGUGGCCUGCAAUCAGGAUGGAAAUUAACCGCAUUUCUCUCCUUCCUGAUGUUAUUUCAGAUGGGAUGUAGGUGCUGUUAGUUCAUUUGCACUCAAGCCAUAUGAUAAAUGCAGCUGACUGUUAAUUAGGCCUGGGCCUUGUUGGGAAGUUGACAGUGGUGGUGUUGGGUUUUUGGUAUUUGUUUCCUGACAGUGGGGAGAUGGCAUGUUACUACUUGUGAUACAGUUCUGGAAUUCUGAUAGUAUGUAGAGCAAGGUCUGUAGUUCUAACAGGAGAAGAACUCCUGGGGUUUUGCCUAAGAGGAGUCUAAAUAAUUAUGUUUUUAUAGAAGAAGCCUGGAAGAAUAAGGUUUUUCAUGUUCGCAUUUUAAAUGAGGAUUUUCUUCCCUUCUGUUGUAGACUUAGAUGCCUUCAGAGAGAUACAUGGUAACUUGACCUUAUAGGUCGCUAAACUUAGUAUUGUGGAAAUUAAAUCUUAUAAAAUGCCACAUGUAUUUCUUUUUAUUUAAGCCCUGUUUGGCAUUUCGAAGUUGGGAAACUCCAGCAUCUGCUGGGAGUUGUUGGACCAGCAGAGUUGGUUGACUUAGGUUGGACCAGCAGGGAAGGGAAUAUACUUUGGUUAAGGCCUUCGAAUGACUCUUCAGUUCUGAAAUAGACAGACUUGAGCAAUGGAGAGAUGUCAUUCCUAAAACUGAGUUGGUGGAUGUGAACUUAACCAUAACAUCCGAGGUGGCCCAUCGUGGAUAAUCUUUGUCUUUUGGGACCUAAUACUUGGGCAAAUAAUUGAUGCUGAGUUGAAAGUUAAAUAUUAGUUAUCCUCCCCACCCCUCACAUUUCACAAUUAGAAAAAUUCGGAGGCAAAGUGAUAACUAAAAAGUUUGGUAGUUCCUGGAGUCGUCAGAUUGUCUUUAUCAGCAGGCCAUUUGCUUUCUUCAGUUUCACUGCUGUCUUUUGAUUUUGUUUUUGACUUUGGUGGCUUUUUGUAGUUGGAGCAUCCGUAGUCUCUUGGAAUUGCUUCUAGGACAUUGUGAUUUGGAUUCUUCUUGGGUACAGUACAUUGUAAAAUUUAGCAGAUUAAAAGUGCACAGCAUUUUUUCUGUGCACAUCGCAGAACCCUGAGCUUGAGGCUGUGUUGCUGUACUCAUUCCAAACGAAUGAAAGAUCUCUGUUGCCUUACUUUACGGGAGUGGGAUCGAGAGUGCGUUAGGAUCUGUGGUUGUCUUGGUUUUCAACACUGGGCAGACUCCUGACUGGCUGAGUAUUUCUGAAGAAGAUGCUUUCCUGUCUGUUUUGUACUGCUUGAGCUCAGAGGCCAGAUCCUCUCAGAAAGACAAGAUUGUAUGCCAGAAAUUCAGAUUAGCAGUCAGCUUAAGAGAGACUCAUUGUCAGAAGUAGUAGAAUUGCUUUAUUUACAUGGUUAAUGAAGGUGGCCUUGGGCCCUGUUGGGUUUUAGAAGUUUUAGAAGCUGCUAAAAAGUUAUUAAAGAAUAUUGG